GAUGUUUACGAAGUUAUGCAUGAAGGCCAAGUGUCCAGUGUGUCAAGCUGGCAUCAACCAACCACUUAAAUACACACACAAACAGACACACACACACACACACACACACACACACACACACACACACCUGCAAGCGCAGUGGGAAAGCCAUUUGCUACAUCCCCCCUCCCAUCUCAAUAGAGCCGUUCUCACCGGGCAAUUUACAUAUCCCAUAAUUUAGCCCUAAUCUCUCCCCUCGCUGAGGUUGUUUGGAGGAGAAUGGGCUUUCGUCCCGCGCCGUCUCUCCAGGCGUGUGUGUGCUGUAAUGUGUAUGAGCGGGAGUGAAUUAGGAUUCUGCAUUUUACCGUGUUUGGACGCCGUUGCUGUAGAGGUACACACACCUGUGACUGGGCUCUCAUUAGCUCCUUUGUGUGAUCCCUAGCUUGUAAAAAAGGAAAAUACGUUUGCAAUCACUCAGUAAAGCCUCCAGUAAUCACUGAGUUUUAGUGAGGAGGUGAUGGGGGGAGGAAGCCUCCAAGCCUCCUGACCAGGCUACCUCGUCGGUCAGUUAGUCAGGCUGUUUGUCAGUCAGUCAGUCAGUCAGUCAGUCAGUCUGUUAGUCAGUCUGUUAGUCAUUGAAACACACAUACUGGCCUCUCAAAGACACCAUCAUGCCCAAAAAAUCGAAAGAAGAGCCCAUGUGGGAAGGGGAAGAGGUGUCCCUUCCGUGGCAGCCCCAGAGAAAACUGAAGAAAGGGAAGAAGGACAAUAAGGGGAAAAAUAGUUUCUUUGAGGACCUUGCCACAGACGGCAAAGUGGAAGCAGAGGAGCCGGCUGUGAAGGAGACGCAGGGGAAGCAGAAAAAGAAGAAAGACCGCUGGAAAGGGCGAGCCGGUGACCCCGACAAUGAUGACGAUGACGAGCAGAUCAUGCAGCGGCUGAAGAGGUUGCUCGUUGCUAUGGCGGCCCAGGAGGAGGAAGAGGAUAUGCAGCCAAGUAAGAAAGGAGGCAGAAAAAAUAAAGGGGGGAACAUCUUUGAUAACCUCAGCCAGGGUGGGAGUGACGAGGAGGAAGGUGGAGAAGACCAGGAGUCUGGGGACACGCCGUCAGCCAAGAUCACUGUUCCCCACGUAAGUUCCCCCUGCCGGCCACAUCCGUCACUGACACUCGCACCGGAAAGUCUCCCUAUCAGCCAACGAGACUUCCAUCACCACAACAACCUACACAUGCAACCUGCCUGCCUCCGCCCCCUAGUCAUAGCACCCCAACCUGUCCAAAUGCAACCAAAUCUCAAAUUUGCUGUUAAACACCUGAUCCCUAAACAGCAAGGGCCUCAUACUCAAUGA